AUGAACACUUUUAUUCGGGGAACUCUAGAGCGGCGAAACGACUUCCGCCAAGAGGCGAUGAAAACAGAGAGCGUAAGAAAGCUGGUGAAAGAGGGUAACGUUAGGGAAUUGGACGAAUUCCUCGACGAGGAUGAGGAAAUAGAUACCAUUGACCCCGAUACGGAAGGCGAUGAAUGGUUUAACUCAUCUUCCUCGAGAGGUAUAUGGGAUAUUGGUGAGGGGAAGAUAGAAGUGCAUAAUUCUAAUGUGGCCAAAAUCGAAGGGGAUACAUGCUGGAACGGUGUGCUCAAAGGAGUUCAGAGUACCCUGACGUUUAAAGAGGCUAUCAUCAGUUUUACUGAUAGGUAUGACUCGGAAAAGGGACAGACGAAAGGACGGAUCAAUUUGAGUGAGAAGAUCUGUCUACAGGAUUGGGAGUGUCUAGGGGAAGUUGGAACUAUUCUAAAAACGAUUGACGACUGCACGAUUCCAUAUAUGGAUAAUGUGGUGGACCUACCAAUGGUGAUGUCUCUACUAUAUUGGCUUCGAGGUCAUUUCCUCGAAUACUAUUCUGUAUUCAGCAUUUCGGACUCUACUCUUGAUUCAGAAACUGACCCCGAGGAUUGCUACUCUAUUCCAACCUCUCAAGCUGCCUCCCAACAAUCUCUCCAUACGCCAACUCAACGUGGUAUGAAACGAAAGAAGUCGAUCGAUGGACCACACGAAGAAGUCGCAGUUGAUAUCGACACGCGACAGAAGAAGAAGACAAGUGCAGAGAGGAAGAACGAUGUCGGAGAGCAGGGUAGAGAUGAUAUUCACGAUGGUUUGAGACGUGUAAAUAACGUCCUACAAGAAUAUUGGGAUAUGUUCAACGGGAUGCCGGCGUACUGGGCUGCCGUUGUCUUGGACCCCAGCAAACGCCUCAAAAAACUUCAGAUAAAGGGCCCUCAAUUAGCCAAGGAGAUCAAAGAAAAAGUCCUGGCUUACUGGAGAAGCCAUUACGCCGAUCCUGCAACCCUCACCAAAUCUAACGCUGAAGCGGUAACGUCAUCCUCGCAAUUGCAUAGUCCGAAAAAGUUCGCUUGGCUAUCGCACUAUGACAGCCCCGAUUCGGACUCAGAGGAUGAAGACGAGUUGGAAUAUUACUUAAAUAUGGAAAAGACUGGAUUCAAACGCGGCCAAGAGCCCCUUUUAUGGUGGAGGGAUCACCAAACCGAAUUUCCACGCCUGCAUCAAUUUGCUCUUGAUAUUCUUUCGAUUCCGAGUACGUCUAUGAAGUGCAAGCGCAUCUUGAAACAAUCGGAAUCGGCAAUGUUUGAGUCUCGACGGACGGAGUAUAAUAUGUUGGAGAUCACCCAGUGCCUGAAAUCUUGGUUGGAAGAGGUAGAGGAGUGA